UUUUGAGCCGCUGGUGCCACCAUAGCUACUGCUGCGGCUACCGCGGCAGGAGCAGAAGCCGUCGAUCGCGAUGCCCGAGGGCGCUGUGAGCUGGGCCCUAGCGAACGGGGGCGCUGACGAGUAGUAGGGUCUCCGGAGUGGGCAGUGGGUGUGGGGGGCUGAAACGGAGCUCCCAAGACGGGUGCGGAAGGGAGGUUCUCGCAUCUGAUCGGGCCAGCGUGAGCCCGGAGGCCAGCGCGUUGCUUCGGCCCCUUGCCGGGUGGCUUCGAAGGCCUCCUCCCUUGGAUACCUCAGUUACCAUGGGAACACUUGGACUGUAACCGGCGCCAGACCGGUCACCAGCCCAUCCCAUUCUUCAGUUAAACGCCUCUGGCAGGCCAGUGAAAGUGCAUAUCCGAAGGCCGUGUUGAGCGAGAAGGCAGUACCGCUGUUGAGACAAGUAAUUCCUAAGGCCAGGCCAGGGACUGUCCUUAGGGGCUCCUCGUUAUGAUGGCUGGAGAAGGGUCAACCAUUACUAGCCGCAUCAAGAACUUGCUGCGGUCUCCAUCCAUCAAAUUACGCAGAAGUAAAGCAGGAAACCGAAGAGAGGACCUCAGUUCCAAGGUGACCUUGGAGAAGGUACUGGGAGUAACAGUAUCUGGAGGCAGAGGACUUGCUUGUGAUCCCCGAUCUGGCUUAGUAGCCUACCCAGCUGGGUGUGUGGUCGUCCUCUUCAAUCCCCGGAAGCACAAACAGCAUCACAUCCUCAACAGUUCCAGGAAAACCAUUACUGCCCUUGCCUUCUCCCCUGAUGGCAAGCACUUGGUCACUGGAGAGAGUGGGCACAUGCCUGCCGUGCGGGUUUGGGAUGUGGCUGAACGGAACCAGGUAGCAGAGCUGCAAGAGCAUAAGUAUGGCGUGGCUUGUGUGGCUUUCUCCCCGAGUGCCAAGUACAUUGUGUCUGUGGGUUACCAGCAUGACAUGAUUGUCAACGUGUGGGCCUGGAAGAAAAACAUUGUAGUGGCCUCCAACAAAGUGUCUAGUCGGGUAACAGCAGUGUCCUUUUCUGAAGACUGCAGCUACUUUGUCACUGCAGGCAACCGGCACAUCAAAUUCUGGUACCUGGAUGACAGUAAGACCUCGAAGGUGAAUACCACUGUGCCCCUGCUGGGCCGCUCAGGGCUGCUGGGGGAGCUGCGGAACAACCUGUUCACAGAUGUGGCCUGUGGCCGAGGGAAAAAGGCUGAUAGCACUUUCUGUAUCACGUCGUCGGGGCUACUGUGCGAGUUCAGUGAUCGACGGCUUCUGGACAAAUGGGUGGAGCUAAGAACCACUGUGGCCCACUGCAUCUCGGUAAGCCAAGAAUAUAUCUUCUGUGGCUGUGCUGAUGGCACAGUGCGCCUUUUCAAUCCUUCCAACCUGCACUUCCUCAGUACCCUACCCAGACCCCAUGCCCUUGGAACAGACAUCGCCAGCAUCACUGAGGCCAGUCGCCUCUUUUCUGGGGGUGCCAAUGCAAGGUACCCAGACACCAUUGCCUUGACCUUUGAUCCAACUAAUCAGUGGCUAUCUUGUGUAUACAACGACCACAGCAUCUAUGUUUGGGAUGUGAGAGACCCCAAGAAAGUGGGAAAGGUGUACUCAGCUCUGUACCAUUCCUCCUGUGUCUGGAGUGUGGAGGUCUACCCUGAGAUCAAGGACAGUAACCAGGCCUGUCUUCCCCCCAGUUCCUUUAUUACUUGCUCUUCAGACAACACCAUCCGCCUGUGGAACACCGAGAGCUCUGGGGUACACGGCUCUACCCUGCACCGUAACAUCCUCAGCAAUGAUCUUAUUAAGAUCAUCUAUGUGGACGGAAACACUCAGGCUCUGUUGGACACUGAGCUGCCUGGAGGAGACAAGGCUGAGGGGUCCCUGAUGGAUCCCCGAGUGGGCAUCCGUUCCAUGUGUAUCAGCCCCAAUGGACAGCACCUGGCUUCGGGAGACCGCAUGGGCACACUUAGGGUACAUGAACUGCAGUCCCUGAGUGAGAUGCUGAAAGUAGAGGCCCACGACUCUGAGAUCUUGUGCCUGGAGUACUCUAAGCCAGACACAGGUUUGAAACUGCUAGCAUCAGCAAGCCGGGACCGUCUGAUCCAUGUGCUGGACGCUGGGCGGGAGUAUAGUCUGCAGCAGACACUGGACGAGCAUUCAUCCUCCAUCACUGCUGUCAAGUUUGCAGCCAGUGAUGGGCAAGUGCGAAUGAUCAGCUGUGGUGCAGACAAGAGCAUUUACUUCCGAACUGCACAGAAGUCUGGAGAAGGAGUACAGUUUACACGAACACACCACGUGGUCCGGAAGACGACCCUCUAUGACAUGGACGUGGAGCCCAGCUGGAAGUACACCGCCAUCGGCUGCCAGGACCGCAACAUCCGGAUCUUUAACAUUAGCAGCGGGAAGCAAAAAAAGCUGUUCAAAGGGUCACAGGGUGAAGAUGGCACUCUCAUUAAGGUGCAGACAGACCCCUCAGGAAUCUACAUUGCCACCAGCUGUUCCGAUAAGAAUCUCUCCAUUUUUGACUUCUCCUCAGGCGAGUGUGUGGCCACCAUGUUUGGUCACUCAGAGAUUGUCACUGGCAUGAAAUUUAGUAAUGAUUGCAAACACCUCAUCUCUGUGUCGGGGGACAGCUGCGUAUUUGUCUGGCGUCUGAGCUCUGAGAUGACCAUCAGCAUGAGGCAGCGCCUGGCGGAAUUGCGUCAGCGCCAGCGGGGGAUCAAGCAGCAAGGAACAACCUCUCCCCAAAGGACUUCUGGAGUCAAACAGCACCAUGCUCCAGUGGCACCCCCUUCUGGACCAGCUCUUUCCUCAGACAGUGACAAGGAGGGAGAAGAUGAGGGUACCGAAGAAGAAGAAGUGCCAGCUCUGCCCAUCCUUGGCAAGAGCACCAAGAAGGAACUAGCCUCAGGGUCUAGUCCAGCCUUGCUCCGAAGCCUGUCCCACUGGGAAAUGAGUCGGGCACAAGAGAGCAUGGAGUUCCUGGACCCAGCUCCUGCAGCUGACACAGGACCUAAAAGAAGAGGGCGCUGGGCUCAGCCAGGUGUGGAGCUGAGUGUUCGUUCCAUGUUGGACCUGCGGCAGCUGGAGACCCUGGCCCCAAGCCCUCGAGGCCCCAGCCAGGACUCGUUGGCUGUGUCCCCAGCGGGUCCUGGGAAGCGUGAUCAACAGGCCCCUGAACUGUCGUGUGUUAGCCAGAAUGAAAGAGCCCCUCGGCUUCAGGCCUCCCAGCCCUGCUCCUGCCCCCACAUUAUCCGGCUGUUGUCACAAGAGGAAGGAGUCUUUGCCCAAGAUCUGGAGCCUGCACCCAUUGAAGAUGGUAUUGUCUACCCGGAACCCAGUGACAGCCCUACCAUGGAUACCAGUGCGUUUCAGGUGCAGGCUCCAACCGGAGGAUCCCUAGGACGAGGGUACCCCGGCAGCAGGGGCUCAGAAAAGCACAGUCCUGACAGCGCCUGCUCUGUGGAUUACAGCAGCAGCCGGCUUUCCAGCCCUGAACACCCCAAUGAAGACUCUGAGAGCACAGAACCCCUAAGUGUGGAUGGCAUCUCCUCAGACCUGGAAGAGCCAGCUGAGGGCGAUGAAGAAGAGGAAGAAGAGGGAGGCCCUGGCCUCUGUGGGCUACAGGACAGCAGCCCUCAUACACCGGAUCAGGAGCAGUUUCUUAAACAGCACUUUGAGACUCUGGCCAAUGGGGCUGCUCCAGGGGGCCCAGCACGGGUCCUAGAGAGGACAGAGUCUCGGAGCAUCUCAUCACGGUUCCUCCUGCAAGUGCAGACCUCCCCACUCAGGGAGCCAUCCUUAUCCUCCUCAGGCUUGGCCCUGAUGUCCAGACCUGACCAGGUAUCACAGAUUUCUGGUGAGCAGCUGAAAAGCAGCGGUGCCACUCCCCCAGGAGCACCCCCAGAAAUGGACCCCUCUUCUGGCAACUCUGGCCCCAAGCAGGUGGCCCCUGUGCUGUUGCCACGACGGCGUAACAACCUGGACAACAGCUGGGCCUCCAAGAAAAUGGCUGCAACCCGGCCGUUAGCUGGACUCCAGAAAGCCCAGUCUGUGCAUAGUUUGGUACCACAGGAUGAGGCGCCUUCAUCACGUCCACUGCUCUUCCGGGAGGCAGAGAUCCAGGGCAGUUUAGGAUCCCUGCCACAAGCUGACGGCUGCUCAUCUCAGCCCCACUCCUACCUGAAACCCACCACCAGUUCUAUGGUCAAGCUAGCUCGUAGCAUUUCUGUUGGCGAGAAUCCAGGCCUGGCAGCUGAACCUCAAGCUCCUGCAGCAGUCCGAAUCUCACCAUUCAACAAAUUAGCUCUGCCUAGCAGGGCUCACCUUGUCCUGGAUAUCCCCAAACCACUUCCUGACCGUCCUACGCUGACCACAUUCUCACCUGUAUCCAAGGGCCUGACCCACAAUGAAACAGAACAAUCGGGCCCUUUGGUGAGCCUAGGAAAGGCUCCUACUACAGUUGAAAAGCACUCCUGUUUAGGGCAGGGUACUACUCAUAAAUCUAGAACAGAGUGCCAGGCUCAUCCUGGCCCCAACCACCCCUGUGUCCAGCAACUGCCAGUCAGCAACCUUCUCCAAGGCCCUGAGAACUUGCAGUCCCUGUCCCCUGAGAAGACUCAUAACCCUGUGGAAAGCAGCAAGCCAGGGGCAGCCCUGAGCCAGGACUCAGAACUGGCCUUGAGCUUGCAACAGUGUGAACAGCUUGUGGCCGAGCUCCAGGGGAAUGUUCGCCAGGCGGUGCGGCUCUACCGCGCGGUGACCAGCUGUAAGACACCUUCAGCAGAGCAAAGUCACAUCACCCAUCUCCUGAGAGACACCUUCUCUUCAGUGCGGCAGGAGCUCGAGGCUCUGGCUGGGGCUGUGCUGUCCAGCCCAGGUGGCAGCCCUGGGGCUGUGGGGGCUGAGCAAACUCAGGCCCUGUUGGAGCAGUACUCAGAGCUAUUGCUAAGAGCCGUGGAGCGGCGCAUGGAGCGCAGACUCUGAGUUCCGAAGCCUAUCCCAAGAGAAAUGCUCUCCAUUCCAAACUGUAGCCCUGCUCCCACUCAAGAAAACAUGAGGCUGUCUGGAGUGGAUAGCCGUGGCCAAUGCUGAGAGGCAAAGCAGCUCUCCCAGCGCCCUCGGGCCCUGUAUUUAUUAAUUUAUUUCCCUGGCUGUUGCCUCACUUCCUUGGGACUCCUGUCUCUAAAGCUUGGCCUGGGGCUCAUAGCAGGGCAGGUCUUGAGUCUAUGUCAUCUUGGUGCUGUGAGGGGUAGGAGGGCAGCCUGCCUCACCUGGGGACAUUGGGAAGGGCUGGCCUUCUCUUCUUAGAAGCCAUUUGAAGUUACUUCAGGGAUGAGCUCCCUGGGGUGGAGCAUACACAGGGUAUUCUGGGGUAGAGAUGAGAGGUAAUGUGGUAUUCAGUAUCCUAAAGCCAACUGUAGACCUUUACCUCUACUCCCACACCAGCUGCACUCCCCUGCCUGCCAGAGCAGGGGUGGUUCCCCCCCCCCCCAACUCAUGGCAGUGAGAAAGACAGCUGCCUGGCCUCCAGGGUAUUCCCAGCCAUUAGAAGACUUGAGUUGGUAUCAGGACCUGAGCCCCCACAUUCCAAUCCCAUGUUCCCUGCAAGAGAGCCCUAGCGUUUUUUCUGCUCCCAUCCCUUUUCCCCCUUUGGAGCUAGUUGUGGGAUUUUGCUGCAGGACAGUAAAGCCCCUCUGCUGGGCACACACAGCCUGGCUACUUCCCUCAGCCUCCUAGGCUUCCUUGUUCUCUGACUCGGUCUCCAGCGGACGAUUGAACCCCUGGGGACUACUUUCUUCCUACAUCCUGGGCAAUGCGCAAUCAGAAACCUGUAUAGGGAGCACCCUCGUGGUUUACAGGGCAAAGGCCCACCUUCCUAGGACCUUGGCGCCUCUCUCUCUCUCUCUCUCUCUCUCUCUCUCUCUCUCUCUCUCUCUGUCUGUCUCUCUCUCUCUCUCUCUCUCUCUCUCUCUCUCUCUCUCACACACACACACACACACACACACACACACACGCAUGCAUGCACACACACAAAUCAUAUGCAAGGUCGAGUGCUCAUUGUUAGGACACUUGCCUGGCUGAUAUGCACCUGGUUUCCUCACAUUUUUGCCUCAGCUUCACUGGAUGAACUGGAUCUCUGAUCCAGAAAUACAAAAAGGAAUGGAUACACUAAACAAAUUCUAGAGUCUUGGUGUCCACAGCCAGGCUGACAGGAGAUGUCCUAUGGGGCACCUGGCACAGGCAGGAGGCUCUUUUUCAAAGGCAGUGUUGGGUGCCCAGGGAUACUGGACACUGGAGAUUGUGGAAUGGAGGCGCUGGGCAAGAGACACGCUGGAAAGUGAUAGCCGGACAGGUAGGUGGCAGAGGCAGGGAUAGAAUUAAGGUAAUUGUUAGAGGGUAAAGAAAAGAGAGAGAGGCUGUAGGUAGGAACAAGUCGUGAGAUGGUUGCAGAAUUGGAGUGAGUAUGUCUUUGGGCCUGGGCCCUCCUUUCCUCUGCAUCAGGUAAGGCAGAGUGACAUUUCACCAGGUUUAGAUGACAAAAACCAGUAGAGACCUCGAAGCCACUUCAAGUUUUGAAUGCAGAGGCUAGAAGGAAACUAGGUUUUAAUGGGUCCUUAGCUUUGUUGGUUCGGCCUCAAUGUUGAGUACACCCAAACCAUGCGUGCCCAUUUUUCUAACAUCCGCAUAGCCAAACUCCUAGUCCAAAGAACCGCAGCAGCUGGAGGUGGGCCGGUUGGCAGUCUGAGGGUUAGAAGUCGGCCCACAGCCCUGACCUCCACCACGUUUUAGAAGUCUUUAUGCCACCUGCCCUUCUAAAGGGAGCGCCACUACCCUGCAUGGGCGGGGUCUUGUGGUGGAUGGCGUUUUGUCCCCUUGUGCAUGUCUGAGGCCACUGGCAACUGCUGCCCCACGUCCAGGUUUGUCCCAUCCCAUUUUGAAAGCCCCUUAUUUAUAACUUUUAUACCGUGGCGCCAGUCUCCACCCCGGCUGUACGGGGCGGAGCUGUUUUAACGUUUCGUUUGUACGGAUGUAUGAAAUUGUCAAUAAACACAAUCAUUUGUUAA